AGAGAAAGCAGAGAGCAGCCCAAGAGCCCGAGGGCUGCAUAAAGAGAAGGGCUGGGCUGGGCUGGCACCAGCCUGGGAGCUGGCAGGCAGCUGGCAGAGAAGCCAUGGAUUCCCAGAAGGACGUGCUGGGGGAUGAUGAAAAGGCACUUCUUGCCAGAAGGCUACUGGCAGAAGCCUGUAUGAAGGAAGGAUUGGAUGAUACAUACUGGCUCCCCAAACUGUCUGAGGUACUGGGAGUGAAGUCCAUAGAAGCCCUGAAACAUCUGCAAUAUGAAGACUACCUGAAGCUGGAGUGCAAAGUUCGGUACCCCUGGGAAACCAGAGCCCUCCGAAAGCUCCUACAAGUCACAGACAGCAAAGCAACUUCUGAGGAGCUGCAGAAGGAGCGCCUGAAGAUGACAAAGCAGAGGCAGGAAGAGGCCAAGCAAGCCCUGAAGGAGCUGAAAGAAUAUCACGAGAGCCGCAGCCACAGCAAGGACGUUAUGAAACAGAAAGAGGAAGCUCUGUGGCAAGCCUUGGAGAUUCCCAAAGAGUACUGGGUGCUGCCGCAGAAGUCAUUGGCAGAUGUGCUGGAGUGCAUCCAGAAGCAACUGGAGCAGCAGGACUCAUCAGUGAGCAGGGGUGAGAAUGCCUCUGACACAGAGGUCCUGAGAAUGGCAUCAGGGGGACUGGCCCUGCAGGGCAUCUAUAGAACCAGCAGCCUUGCCGAUGUGCUGGCAAAGCGCGACCAGCUCAUCAAGGUCCCUGACGGAUUCAAGCUUGCUGGUCCAGAGCACGGAUCACUGCUGGAAAGGAAGGAGUUCUCCUCCUCUGCAGAAGAAGCCACUUUCACCAAGUCCAUGGAGCAGCUGGGGUUCAGCAUCAGUGUUUCAGCCAAAGCCGGGUUCUGGGGGUUUAGUGUUGAAGCUGAUGUAGAUUACAGUAAGUCCUCACGGUCAGAGAGCACUCACCAGUCCCACUCUGAGCAGAGCUACAUUUGCACCACCAUGUACCAGUACAUCCCUCUGGCCUCCUGCUACUUCCAAAAGGAUCAACUUCAUCUUUCGGAUGCUGCCCUGAAGGAGCUGCAAGAACUUGAGCAUCUUUUGAGCAUCACUGCUGAGGGAGACAGGCCCAACAUGCUGAAGAGCAGGUGUACAAGCUUCUUCAGAAGGUUUGGGUCCCACGUGAACCAGGGUCCCCUCCACUUUGGGGGGAUAUUCUGGUGGAAGGCAACUGCAGAAGGAUUCAGGGCUGAGCAGCGGGAGGAGAUGAAGCAACAAGCUUCUGAAGCACUCAGUAGCUAUGUUGGGGCCAGCUACAGAUGCUUGGGUGUCAGUGCGGCAGCAGCUGUGGAUGUUUCCAAGUCCAGCUUUCAGGCUUCGUUCCAGGGAAGAGAUGCAAGGAGUGCCUACACAGCAGUCCAUUUCCAUGUGACCAAAACAGGGGGCCCACCUGAGACAGAUUCUCUUCCUCAGUGGAAACUGGGUCUUGUAAGCAAUAACACGACCUGGCGUGUCAUUGACCGAGGUUUUCAGCUGAUCCCAGCGUGGGAGAUAAUCCUCUCCAAUCACACCAAUGAUUUUAAGUCCGUCUAUCAAGUGGCCAGCAGCCUCAAGGCUGCCUAUGAAGCACUGACAAAUCACAGCACUGGCAUCAUGUUUGGAGAGGAACUGGUCAGCGCAGUGGAAGAGGCCAGAGAUUUCACAGAGUGCGUGAAGGCCUGGGAGAUGGGGGUGGAUGAAAGCAAACUCUUAGCACUGAUGGAUUUCAAGCAGAAUCUGAAUGAGAAAACAAAAAACCACAGUGUCUGGAUCAAUGUAUGCCUGUCAGAUAAAGCGCUGCAGGAGUUCCUGCUCAAUACUGUUCAGUUUUGCAAGAGCUCCCCUCCAGAAAACAUCACCCUCAUCAAGACCCUGAUGAGAUGCCUCCUGGAUCCUCAUGUCUAUUCUGUCAGGGACUUCCCCAGGUCUUCCUUCAUUAUGGAAUGGAUCUUUGAUACUGAGCACCCGCUUCCCGAACCUCCUGAUGUUUCUGAGCUUGAAGACCUCACCAAGACACUGCUGCAGAUGAAGAAGUACAUCCAGAGAGUCACUUAUGCCCCAGACACCUCUGUGUCUGCCAUCCAUGAAGCAAAGAUAAAAGCCACCUUGACUGCAAGCCUAAGUGUUUAUUCCUUACUCCGGUAUCUCCAGGAAAGGGCACAGAAAGACAUAGAGCUCUUGGUGCUCUUAAUUACGACCAGAGUGGGAUACCAGGUGGAAAGUAGCACUUUUCAGUACCUCCUUGGAUGUCCAGAAAUUCACUUCAUGAUAGAAGAAAUGGAAAUGCGGCAUCAGGAGUACCUGAAUCUGAAGGAGCAAGAUGUUUACAGAGCCCAGGCCUUCCUGUUGCUGACAGGUCUAACUGUAGCACCUGAAAAAGAAGUGUCCUCCGAAGAGAAGGACAAAUGUUUUGUUUUGAUGGAAGAUCAGAUGAAAACGUUGUGGUCCAGUGAGAUAAGAACUCUCCUCAAAAAGCACAAGGGAUUCAAAGACUGGGAGAUGCUGGAGAGUGACUUGAAUUCUUUCAUUGAGGGGCACGUGGAUGACACAUGGGAUGAGCUGAAGAAAAUCAGUAUAAUCCAAGACAUAGAAGACACUUUUCAAAGGGUAGAGCCUUCCAGUCAGUCCAAAUCCAAACCAGAAGGCAGUGAAUCCCAAGCAAACCAACCUGUUGCAAACCAAGAGUUUCUCCAUUUGCUUGAGCGCCUCGGGCUGGAAAGUCACUACCCAAGGAAAAUGGGGACAGAAGACUUCCAUAUCAUAUACAAGACACCUUUACAUGACAGUCAGCCCAGCAAGGACAGCGAGCUACCAUUUCACUUCUUGCAAAAGCUUUUGACUGUGGACUAUAGAGUGAGGUACCUGACCUGCAAGAACCAGAGCAACCCAGCAGCAGCUGUGCCCAAACCCACAGAGCAAGAGUGUGAACCUUCAAAUUCCUUUGAUGACUUUUUCUCUGAUUUGGAGGAACAAGCAUCUGAAUCUGCAGCUGGGGACAGCCAUGUGCACCCCAUGGACCUCCAGAUGGCAAUUUUCCAUUGUGCUGAUGACUUCAUGAGGCAAUACAUCUCAACAAAACUUGCUUUCUGCCAGUUUGCGUUACCUCUCCUGGUACCAAACCCCUGCACUUCACAGAUUGAGUUCCCGAUCUGGUCCCUCAGCCAAAUCAAAAAGAGCUGGAAGGAGGCUGAGAAGCUGGGAGAGCAAACAAGGAUUAACAGUUACAAAAACAAACUCAUUUACCAGGCAGAGACACCCAUCGUGUCCUUCAUCCGCAUCGGCAGCUCUCCCUCCUCCUCCAAGUCUCAAAUCCUGAACUCUUUGCUGAGCCAGCACAAGCAUGACACUUUUUUCCACCGCCACUGCCAAGGCAGCACCAGAGACUGUUUGCUGAUGAAAGGUGUGGUGGAGAUCUCCUGGUACUGCCCCAGGGGCAGCGACGAUGACAGCUUUGACUGCUGCGUGGCCUUCUGUAACCUGCGUGGGGACGCGAGGGAUUCCGAAGAGCAGCUGCGUUUUCUGCAGGAGAUAUCUGCUGUGAACGUGGCUCUGGUAGCUGAGUCUGAUCAGAGUGACAAGAAAGGGAUGAUGAUUUUACGUCAGCUGUGGGAGUCGCAAAGGCCUUUGGUUUGUCUUUUCACUGAAAAAGAGAAAGUCGCAGCUGGCCGAUCUGGCCACAAUGUAAGAAUAGGUAUCAAGAACAGAAACGAAGCAGAAUUAGUGGGUGAGCUGACCAAGACAAUCAAAGAUCUCCUGGAAGGGUCUAACACACUUUUCAGCCUCGAUGGCUGCCAGGACAAAGCUCGCAAGCACGGCUUCUUAGUGGAUGAAGAUACAGCAGCGUGUGUGGCGGCCAAAGAAAAGGCAAAGGCGCUGGUGAAGCUUCUGAAGAAGGAGAGGUUGCGUGACAUGAAAUCCCAGCUGCUGCCUCUUCAAGGGAAGCUGUGGUACAUGUGGUGCAAGAAGGACAAAGAGCUCACUCGCCUGCAGGAGAAGGGGAACAAGAGCAUAGAGCAUCACCGGAGCCAAACCGAAUCAGAGAAGUCAGUAAUAAGGAGAAAGCAACUGUGCAAAGCGUUCCCCCUCAAUGAGCUGAUGAAGUCGUUCCUUGGCUUUUUCCAGUCACAGACAGCAGAUACCAAGAAAUACUUCUUGCAGUGGAUGAAGGUCUUUAUGGAUGACUUGUCCUCUGAUCGCCUGGAUGAACUCAAGAGACGGUAUCACCAGUUAUGGUCUGACAUCCUGGCCAUGAAGAAGUGCAGUGAGGAAAAUGAUCUGAAAUCCAUGUGCCUGAGUCAGUUAGAGGCCCUCUCCAACGAAAUCAACGAUUCCUCUAUUGGCCUUGAGCACAUUUUAAGAGAGGUAGGGCAGAUUUACGAAGCUCUGGAGUCAAUGAACUCAAAGGAUCAGUGUUUUGCCAAACUGCCUGACGUUGCAGUUGAUCUGAUGGUUUCAGGAUACCCCAUUGAGCUGAUGGAUGGAGAUGCAUCUUACGUCCCGUUACGAUGGAUCGGAGCAGUCUUUGACAGGUUAAUUGAGAAGCUGGGAGAUAAGCGAGUGUUCGUCCUUUCAGUGCUUGGCAUCCAGAGCACAGGGAAGUCAACCCUGUUGAAUGCCAUGUUUGGUCUCCAGUUUAAUGUCAGUGCCGGCAGAUGCACCCGGGGAGCAUUUAUGCAGCUAAUUAAACUGGACACGAAGCUGCAAGAAGAUGCUGGCUUUGACUACAUGCUAGUGGUUGACACAGAGGGGCUUCGUGCGAUAGAGGUGGCCAACAAACAGUCCCUCAAUCAUGACAACGAGCUGGCCACCUUUGUCAUUGGCAUUGGCAACAUGACUCUGAUAAAUAUCUUUGGGGAAAAUCCUUCAGAGAUGCAAGAUGUCCUUCAGAUUGCUGUGCAGGCUUUUCUGAGGAUGAAGCAGGUCAAUCUUUCCCCCAGCUGCCUGUUUGUACACCAAAAUGUGGGAGAGAUAACAGCCAAGGAGCAGAACAUGGAAGGGCAAAGACGUCUGCAGGAAAAGCUGGACAAAAUGACAGUGACAGCUGCCCAGCAGGAAUUCUGUGAUGCCUCCUGCUUCAGCGACGUCAUCCGCUUUGAUGUGAACACCCACAUCCACUACUUUGCCCACCUGUGGGAAGGAAACCCCCCGAUGGCACCACCCAACCCUACCUACAGCCGGAACGUUCAGGAAUUAAAAACCAAAAUCCUCCAAGCUGCCAAGAAGGAGUCGCAGGGCAGUGUUUUGAGGCUCUCAAGCUUGAAGGUUCGUAUCAGUGACCUCUGGAGUGCUUUGCUGAACGAAAACUUUGUGUUCAGCUUCAAGAACUCAGUGGAGAUUGCGACAUACAAGAAACUGGAAACCGCGUUUAGUGACUGGACCUGGCAGCUGAGGAGUUACGUCUUAGACUUGCAGGUGAAACUGGACAAUAGGAUUCGCAAUGGAGACUUGCAGAAAAUCACACCAGAAGACCUUGAGAUUCCAGUGCAAAAGACAAGUGAUGCCAUCAUGAAAAAGAUGGAGCAAUAUUUCAGUGAAGACACAGACAGUGAGAUCCUGGUCCAGUGGAAGAGCAGCACAGAACUGAAGCUGAGAGAACUAAAAGACUCUCUUCUCCUGGAAACAAGAAAGAAGUGUGAGAGUCUUAUUGAGCUGAAGAAGAGCCAGUGUAAAUUGGAUGAGAGGAAGUCAGGCUACGAAAACGAGCUCCUAGAAAAGAGUAGGCAGUUGGCUCUGUCUCUGAAAGGCAAGAGGCUCAGAGAAAUGGAACUGCGAGACAACUUUAUUUCCCUCUGGGCUACCUGGAUUAUUGAGGUCGCCUCUGAUGCUCCCCCUCUGGAAAAAGUGGAUAUUGAUGUGGAAAUAGAAAAUGUCCUCCUAGAGCAGUUUAAGGAGCCCAACUUACAUGAACGAAUCAGGACCUUUCCCACAUACAGGCAGUUUGCUCUUGACAAGGAGAAACAUGUUGCCAAGAAAAAAAAGUGGGGCAUCAUCAGUGGGACUUUGGAUAGCGCCGAGGUGGAGAAUAUCAACUACAUCACUAAGAACAUCAUAGCGCGUGUGGAGGCGAACAUCGACAGGAAAGAGAAGGAGAAAAGGGAUUACAGCCGAAGUUUUAUUCAUGAGAUACUGAACGAGGUACAGAAGGGCAUGGACACCGUCCCCAGCCAUGCAAAAUACAGCUUCAAAAAAGACUACAGGAUAGAUCUCUCGAUCUACCUGUGCAGAAUGGCAGCGAAGAGGUUUAAAGCCAUGCGCGAGGCGUUCGAAGAGGCAAAUGAUCCGACUGUCUACCUGGAGAGCAAGAGAGAAGAUUUCUUCAGGUGCUUCCAGAUUUCCUGCCAAGGAGCCACUUCCAUCACCAUGUUUGCUGGUUUUUUAUGUGACAAGAUUUCUCCAGCUCUUCGCCAGGCAGUUUACGAGAGGACAGCCCUUGCCAUAGCUCGAGACGUGAAGGGUAAGGUCCCAGAAUUCACAGGCAACAGGUACUCCCUGGAGGUUUGCCUACUGAAAUACCUGGCAGAGGAAGAGAAUUUUGAGUACUUCAAGCAGUACUUAAUCAACCCAAAAGAUACUUUGGAGAGUUACAUUGAGACACGUGUUAGGAAGUACUGUUUAGAUGAGAACAGGAGGCUAGAGAAGUUUUUGGAUGACUCCCUUACUCACCUCUACGAAAGCAUCCAGUCAGCAGUUUUUGCCUCAACCAAAGUUGUCAAGGACCGAAAGGACAGGAAUGACAAAAUCUCCCUUUGGCUGGACAAUUUUUGCAGCACGCUUGCAGAGGUGCUGAACCUGCCCAGGAGGGACCUGAAGGGCAUUGAACAUCAGGAGAUAGCAGACAUAGAGUUCCUGAAUAAUGCCAUGACAGAAGCACUGCUUUUCAUGAAGGAUCAACUCAAGAAAGAGCUUGCUGGCGCCGAUAUGAGCUCAUUUGAACAGCAGCCUCACACAAUCCUGGCUAAGCAGUUUGCAGGGUGCUGGAAUAUGUGUCCCUUUUGUGGGGCUGUUUGCACAAACACCAUACAAAACCACGAUGGAAACCAUCAGGUCAUCUUCCAUCGUCCACAAGCUUUAAUAGGGUGGAAGUGGCGUAAGACAGACCAUCUGGUCAUUGACAUCUGCUCUAGCAGCGUUGGGAGCGAUAACACCUUCCUGGUUGAUGCAGACACAUGGAUCCCCUUCAAGAAAUACAGGGAGGCAGGAUAUCCUUACAACACUUGGAACAUUCCCCCUGACACAUCCAUGCAAGCAUACUGGAAAUGGUUUGUGUAUCAUUUCAGAGCGAAUUUGGAGAAGCUCUACAGUGGAAGAUUCCAGGGUAAAGGAGAAAUCCCUCCGUUGUGGAAGACAAUUACAAAGGAUGAUGCACUUGGUGAACUGGAGAGGCUUCAUGGCCAAGUUAACAAGAAGGGAGAACUGCAGUCGCUGUGUGUUUGAGAAGGAAAUGCUACAAGUCUCCACAGCCCUGAUUCCAAGAGAGAUGUGGAGAUACUGCAUCAUGUCCAGAGAAGGGCCAUGAGGAUGAUCAAAGGGCUGGAGCAGCUCUGCUGUGAGGACAGACUGAAAGAGUUAGAAUC